AGGUUGCUUAAGAGCCUUGCCAGCCUCUCUCUCUCUUUUUUUUUUUUAAGUGAUUUCGUAGUUUCCUGGUAACGACUCAGUCAUUUAUUUCAACACCCUUACGUGACAUAAAGGCAGGGGCUGGACCACGCAUUCACCACACAGACACAUACCUCUUCUCUGAGCGUUCACUAGGUGAGGCGCUCCCUCAGACUCACAGGAUUCACUCAUGAACCUGAACCAGCUGCAGAAGCAUUUCCUGGAAAUAAAUGACAAGAACUGCUGCGUGUUCCGGAAUGAACUAAUUCCCAAAGUAUUGCCACCGAUUUUGGGGCUGGAGUUUGUGUUUGGGAUCCUGGGCAAUGGCAUUGCCCUGUGGAUUUUCUGCUUCCACCUCAAGUCCUGGAAAUCCAGCAGGAUCUUCCUCUUCAACUUGGCUGUGGCUGACUUUCUCCUCAUCAUCUGCCUGCCCUUCUUGACAGACAACUAUGUGAGGAAGUGGGACUGGAAGUUUGGGGACAUCCCUUGUCGGGUGAUGCUCUUCAUGCUGGCCAUGAACCGCCAGGGCAGCAUCAUCUUCCUGACAGUGGUGGCUGUGGACAGGUAUUUCCGGGUGGUCCAUCCCCACCAUGCUCUGAACAAGAUCUCCAACCGGACAGCUGUCAUCAUCUCCUGCCUCCUCUGGACUGUCACCAUUGGCCUAACGAGUCACCUCCUGUACAACAAGAUGGUAACCAAGAACAAAGACUCGAAUUUGUGUAGCAGUUUCAGCAUUUGCCGUAACUUCAGGUGGCAUGAGGCCAUGUUCCUCCUGGAGUUCUUUUUGCCACUGGGCAUCAUCCUGUUCUGCUCAAUCAGAAUCAUCUGGAGCCUGCGGCAGCGGCAAAUGAACAAACAUGUCAAGAUCAAGAGAGCCAUCAACUUCAUCAUGGUGGUGGCUAUUGUCUUCAUCAUCUGCUUCCUGCCUAGUGUGGCCGUGCGCAUACGCAUUUUUUGGCUCCUGCACACCUCAGGGACCAGGAACUGUGACCUCUACAGCUCGAUUGACCUGGCCUUUUACAUCACCCUCAGCUUGACCUAUAUGAACAGCAUGCUGGAUCCUUUGGUAUACUACUUCUCCAGCCCAUCUUUUCCCAACUUCUUCUCUACCCUGAUCAAUCGCUGCUUCAGGAAAAAGAGAGCAGAGGAGCCAGAAAACAACCGGAGCACAAGUGUAGAGCUCACUGGGGACCUGAGCACCAUCAGAAAUGCUCCAGGCACUUUAAUGACUGAGCCCGGUGAACCUUGUAAUCACUCUUAUCUGAGUUCAGCCUCUCGGUAAGUGACCACGACAAAGAGAGAGACUGUCACCAAGAUCCAAGAUCUCUGCAGGAACUGUUUGGCUGGUGAACACAGAGGAACUCCACUAGACUUAGGCUGAGGUUUCCUGAAAUUUCCAGAUUGGGAGCUUCAGAUUCAGAGAAGUUGUGUGGCAGAGAGGGACAGCCAUGCACAGAUGUCACUGCAUAAAGCUUGGGAGAAAGGAGAGUAAGACAUCUAGGUGUCUGAAUCUUGGGUUUAAUCUCUGCCACUCACAGAUGUGAAGAUGGCAAAGCUGCUGGCGUUUCUCUGAGCAGAGCAGGAGCCAGAACCCUCACGGGCAGUGCUGAUUCUCAGACAUCUUUCCUGCAAGCCUGAGACUCUCAGCUCCUGGGCUGCUGUCCUAUCUGCUCCUGGGAUCCAGCUGAGAUCUAGAGCUCAGUCAUUGGAGGGAGUCAUAUUGUUCCAGAGGGGACAGAGAGUUUCACACAAGCCAGUAGGUUGGUCACCUAGGCUUUUCAGUCAAGCUCUAGAAUGAGCCCCAAGAGGGAGGAAGCAAAACAGUGUUAAUGUGGGGAAAGGCGAUGGUAUUUGUGCUAUAGCUACUAAUCCAAGCCUCUUGUUUACACUAAUUUGAAGAUUGAGAAUUUAAAAAGACCUCAGGGAAGAGAGCUCCUUCCCACCUCUGUUUUUAUCAUUAUAAGGAGAGAUGCAUCAAAAUGUGUCAGGGGAAAGAGUCCUUCUGGUUCAUUUGUCUGUGUUUCCAUAUUUAAAAAGAUCUACCACUUCAAUAAACUUUGAUAUGAGA